AAUCACCUUGUUGUUGAAUUGUGCUAUACAAAUAAACUUGCCUUGCCUUGCCUUGCCUUGGUGAUCCAUUAGCCCAUUGCAGCUUUUGUACUGGUCAACCCAGAGCUCUUUGGCCUUGGUGAUGAGGUUAGGGACUGCUUAGGGGCCCAGGUAUAUUUAUAAUCCACACAAUAGUGCAAUCCACUGUGGAUACUGGCUUGGUGACUGUUAAUCCCUAAAUUGUUGCCAAUGAAAAACUUGGCAUACUUGACCCAAAUAAACAGAAAUGCACAUUUAUUUCAAACGACAACAAUUUUUUUCUCUUUUGUUUAGUUGAAAAGUUAUCAUUUACUCUUAACAUACAUCUACAACUGAAAUUGCAUUCAGCUCAUUUCUUUGUAAGUAGUUCAAAUCAUGAAUUCAUCAGGGUGUCGAAUCCCUGUAACAUCUGUUGAGGCUGCUAUGUAUGUAGAGUAAGGCUUAUAAAUGAACCCUUGUAAUCCUUAAAAUUGUUGGGUAACCUGGUUAUUUUUUAGUUGCGUGAUUGAUAAUUAUUACGUUACUUAAACUGUUGUAGCCAUAAUGAGUAAGUUCCUUCACUUUCACAACAGAAAGAUUUCAGAUGUCGCUAGUUUUUUAGGAUGCCCUAACUUUAUUGCGAUUCCUUGAUUUUGGUCUCUAUUUCAGUCAGACUGCUUUAGGGAAAAAGUGAAAAACAGCAGCCUUAAAACAUGUCUUAUGACUCCCUCAAAUCUCGGGGAUAAUCAGUGACAUGUUGGACUCGUGAUGGCUAACUGGAUUUUUCAACUCAGGAGGACAAAGAGUGCAUUUACAAACAGGGCUGACUGAAAACAGUUUGCUGCACAGUUAAUGCAAAUUUGCCCAUCCAGACCCUGGAAGUGGAGUGUGCCACUUUGACGAAAUAUCUUUUCUCCUCGAGUAAAAACAAGUAAAAGGCAGCUUUAUAUUCAGCCCAUGUGGUUUACCAUGAGUCUAAAACGCUUUUUUUUAGACAGUUAACAGAGCCUACAUGGGUUUUCUUCCUGUCACAAUGCAUCAAGCUCUAACUAGCAUAGCUAUUCAAUACCAAUGAGGAGCAAUUAGUUGCUUUGAUCUUCAACCCGGGUAACAUCACAUUCCUUAUAGGAACCCAAAAUCCUUUCUUUCACUUGUGCUCACAAAGCUUUUGUUGUAUGAAUUCCAUUGUUACCGCAAUAUUGUGAAUAUCUGACACGUUGAUUUUCAACUGAUAUAGCUACAGAAUUUAACCAAACAUGUGCUGCCAGUCAGGUAUCCACAUACAGAUAUAAAGUCAUCAUUAUACCUUCUCUAUAUGAGCCUUUGGGACUGCGUAGUGUAAUUAAAGCUUUACUGGAACAAAUUAGCUGUGGUCAAGUUGUUGCUAAGCUGUGGGUCAGGAGACCAGGACCAUGUGAUUCCAGUAUAAAAAGGAAUGAAUGUAUGGUAUACUGUGAAUGUGACCUUUGUAUACACAUUGUUGCUCCGAUGUCCAAUGCAUUGUAUUAAAGUGCUAAGCAUGGUCAAAGUUUGACAGGAAAACACUGCAUCAGUACGGCUAAUAAUAAAUAUAUUUUUUUAAAUUUCCGUCUCAUAUAGCUGUCUUUUGUUUUAAGCACUAAUUUUCCAAAGUCUGCAUGUUGGAAUGAAUGUUGUUGAUUGUUCUCAGGCUUGUCUUAAGUCCUGUUAAUUUGCUUGGUGUGACACAAUCGGAUCCUGCAUUAUCUCAUUCUUCAAGGGUUUUUUAAAAUGUUUUUUUUUGUUGUUGUUGUUUUUUUCUUUGUUAAGUGCUCAAAGGCAGCUCUUAACGAGCCAGCUGGUUGCUGACUGGAUUUUGGUUUUAAUUGCUGUGGUUAAUGAGUUUAAGUAAGCUGAAAUAACUGCGUCACACUGGCCAAACCCUUCUGGAAAUGCGCUUUGUUUUGUCCGGCUAUAAUUAACAUUGGCCCACGUGUGUUUUUUACUGGAGCACGAAGAAAAGUGGGAAACUGGAGGGGGAUGCUAGGAUUCUCUCUUUGUCUUUCUGUCAUCUACCACCAGCCUCUGCUGUUUUUUUUUUUUACUGGAGCUAAAACUGCUCACUUCAACCAUAAAAGGAGUGCUUAUCAAAUCAUUCACAUGAAAAAGGCUUUAAGCAGACGUCUGCUACUUAGUGCCAGUUCGCUCCAUCUCUAGUUAUUAGGAAUGCAUCUGCAAUCCCUUUAUAACUUGACGACUGUUUUUAUUAAAUACCCAAACAGGAGGAUAAAUAUGAUAACAAAAGGGCACUGGGAGUCUCUUUUUUUAUGAAAAAAGGGUGUUUUUAAAUGUAGAUCAAAUUAACAUACCUGACAUUAAACAGGAAGAUUAAGGGAAUACUGAAUAUCUGGACUGCUGCCUUUUCUUUCUCUCCACAAAAACAUAGUGGGUGGAAAUAAAGAUUAACUGCAAUUAGCACUGACUGACCCCCGACUGGAGACCAGUCAUGUCUUAACAAGGCGCCUUCCAAAAGAAUGCCUGCAUCCAAUUCUCUCAAUUAUGCAAAUUGGGUUGAAAUCAAAGUACUUGGAGGGGGUGAAAAUUUUCAAACGAGAAGUUGGGGACCCUCUGAACGAGGCUGCAGUACUUUUAGGUUAGUCGCUCUUCUCCAUCGUCUCACACUGGCGAAGUUCUUCUAAACUGUGAAGCGAGCACAAAGAAAGGAGUUUUACACAAAUUGGGAGAUUAGGAGCCGGUUAUCAAAGUAGAUUUAUUGUGCCUUGUUCAAGCGAAUGAUGAAAAUACCCUCUGGGCAUGGAGAAAGGGUCAUGGGACUCCCAAAAGGAUUACCUUGAACUGGAGUCAUGAGACUUGGGUGAACAAAGACCCUGCUCACAUGCUCAUCAUAUUAACUGGCCCUCAUAAAGUGAAGAAGUUUCAUGUCCUGUGGGAUUCAAUGAGGCCACUUCACUGGGAGUGCAGCACCAGGAGAAAGCUCUGGCUCCCCUGCACUCCCUAGCCCUAAUUUCCAGCAGCACUAGGACCUUGAAGCUCCGUCAAGAGGAUUGCACAGAAAGUAUGGAUUGAGAGGACCUUUCUUAAAAGAGAAUGUAUACACAUAUUUCCCAGCAAAGACCCAACCAGAUGUGCCUGUGGUCAGCUGACAACACAGCACGUGGCCAUCCCUCCCGGUGCCAACUCCUUAGAGGAAACCCACCAGCUGGUUCAGAUUGAUACCCCAAAGGAUAAAUGGAGUGUGAUCAAGCACACCAGGACGUACCCGACGGACGCCUUUGGCAUCAUUGAGUUCCAAGGAGGAGGAUUCAUCAACAAAGCCAUGUAUAUCCGGGUUUCAUACGACACCAAGCCUGACAACCUACUGCAUUUGAUGGUAAAGGACUGGCAGUUGGAGCUGCCCACCUUGCUCAUCUCUGUACACGGGGGUCUCCAGAACUUUGACCUCCAGCCCAAACUCAAACAAGUGUUUGGCAAAGGCCUGAUUAAAGCGGCCGUCACAACUGGAGCCUGGAUCUUCACGGGUGGAGUUAACACAGGGGUCAUCCGCCAUGUUGGAGAUGCCUUAAAGGACCAUUCCUCUAAGUCACGUGGAAAGGUGUGUGCUAUAGGGAUUGCUCCAUGGGGGAUCCUUGAAAACAAAGAAGACCUCAUUGGAAAAGAUGUAACAAGACCCUAUCAGACGAUGGCAAACCCACUGAGCAAGCUGGCUGUGCUCAACAACAGCCAUUCCCACUUCAUCCUCACAGACAACGGAACCUGCGGGAAGUACGGCUCUGAGGUCAAACUCCGUAGACUGCUGGAGAAGCACAUCUCUCUGCAGAAGAUCAAUACUCGUUUGGGUCAGGGGGUUCCUCUGGUGUGUUUAAUAGUAGAGGGAGGUCCCAACGUUAUCUCCAUUGCCCUGGAGAGUCUGAGAGAUGAGCCCCCCAUCCCUGUGGUGGUGUGCGAUGGCAGCGGCCGUGCUUCUGACAUCAUUUCCUUUGCGCACAAGUUCUCAGAGGAUGGAGGCCUGGUUAAUGACGAUGUCAGAGACCAACUUUUAGUGACUAUUCAGAAGACAUUCAAUUAUAGCAAAAGCCAGUCGCAGCAGAUCCUGCUCAUGGUAAUGGAGUGCAUGAAAAAAAGGGAAUUGAUUACAGUUUUUCGAAUGGGGUCUGAGGGACAACAGGAUAUAGAAAUGGCCAUCCUUACUGCUUUGUUAAAAGGAACGAACGCAUCAGCAGCAGACCAGCUCAGUUUGGCUCUGGCCUGGAACAGAGUGGAUAUCGCACGAAAUCACAUCUUUGUUUACGGACACAAUUUGCCACCUGCUGGUGCUAUUGCCAACACUACAACCACUGCAGCCCCGUCUCAGGAGAAACAGAAGAGCCCUGCGAGCGCUCCUCGCAGCAAGACUCGGGUCAAGAAGGGGAAAGGGAAGGGAAAGGCAAAACCUGAACCACCAGAGGAAACAGAUCCAAGGAAGUUGGAGUUGAUUCGCUGGGUGAACUCACUGGAGCAGGCUAUGAUGGAUGCUCUGGUGCUGGACAGAGUGGACUUUGUCAAACUGCUCCUCGAGAAUGGAGUCAACAUUCACCACUUCCUCACCAUUCCCAGGCUGGAAGAGUUAUACAACACGAAACUUGGCCCGGCAAAUACCCUGCACGCUGUGGUUAGGGAUGUCAAAAAGGGAAACCUUCCUCCAGAUUAUCAAAUUACUUUGAUUGAUAUUGGUCUUGUGCUGGAAUACCUCAUGGGCGGAGCUUACAGAAGCAAUUACACCAGGAAAGCUUUCCGUAACCUCUACAAUAAUCUAUAUGGACUAAAAAGGCCCAAAGCUCUGAAGCUUCUAGGAAUGGAGGAUGAUGAACCUAGGUCAAAAGGCAAGAAAAAGGCAAAAAAGAAGAAAGAGGAGGAGGUGGAAAUUGAUGCGGAUGACCCUGAAGUCUGUCGAUUCAAGUAUCCCUUCCACGAGCUGAUGCUGUGGGGGGUGCUGAUGAAGCGCCAGAAGAUGGCACUAUUUCUCUGGCAGCGUGGCGAAGAGGCUAUGGCAAAGGCUUUAGUGGCUUGUAAACUGUAUAAGGCCAUGGCUCAUGAGUGCUCUGAGAGUGAACUGGUGGAUGAUAUCUCCCAAGAUCUGGAAAACAACUCCAAAGAAUUUGGACAACUGGCCUACGAAUUAUUGGACCAGUCCUACAAGCACGAUGAACAGGUGGCCAUGAAACUCCUAACAUAUGAGCUGGUUAACUGGAGUAACUCCACCUGUCUGAAGCUGGCUGUGGCUGCUAAGCAACGUGACUUCAUCGCUCACACCUGCAGCCAGAUGUUGCUCACUGAUAUGUGGAUGGGCUGCUUGAGGAUUGGAAAAAGCCCGGGCCUGAAGGUUAUUCUGGGAAUCAUCUUCCCUCCUCUGAUUCUGCUGUUGGACUUCCGCCUUGGAGACGAUGCCUCUUAUCAGGCACCUGCACGCAAAGAAGAGGGAAAGGACAAAGAUGAUGACACAAAAUCCAGCAAGGAUGCCAACACUGAUGCAACUUCCCGAAAAGGAGACGAAGAAGAGGAUAGCACCAAAAUCCAUAAAAUCCCAGUUGGCAAAAGAUUCUUUGAGUUUUAUAAUGCACCUUUCACCAAAUUCUGGUUUAACACAAUCUCCUAUCUGGGCUAUCUGAUGCUGUACAACUACAUUAUCCUGGUGAAAAUGGAGCGAUGGCCAUCUAUACAAGAGUGGAUGGUCAUAGCAUACAUCCUCACACUUGGCACUGAAAAAGUCCGACAGAUUCUGAUGUCAGAACCAGGGAAGCUGAAACAAAAGAUAAGUGUGUGGAUGGAGGAGUACUGGAACAUCACAGACCUGGCUGCCAUAUCCACGUUCCUUCUGGGGCUAAUGCUACGGCUACAGCCUGAACCGUACAUGGGCUACGGCAGGGUUAUCUACUGUAUAGACAUCAUCUUCUGGUACAUUCGUGUAUUGGACAUCUUUGGAGUCAACAAAUACCUGGGACCUUAUGUGAUGAUGAUAGGGAAAAUGAUGAUUGAUAUGAUGUACUUUGUGGUGAUCAUGCUGGUGGUGCUUAUGAGCUUCGGAGUGGCUCGACAAGCCAUACUUCAUCCAGAUGAGGAGCCAACAUGGCGCCUGGCCAGAAACAUUUUCUACAUGCCUUAUUGGAUGAUCUAUGGGGAGGUUUUUGCAGACUCGAUAGACCGUAAGACUAGAAUUCAUAUCUAUGCAAUGGAAAUCAACCCUCCAUGUGGUGAACAUUUAUAUGAUGAGGAUGGGAAGAAACUCCCCCCAUGUAUCCCCGGUGCCUGGCUCACACCUGCCAUUAUGGCCUGUUACCUUCUCGUAGCAAACAUUCUUCUGGUCAACUUGCUCAUUGCGGUCUUCAACAACACCUUCUUUGAAGUCAAGUCAAUUUCCAACCAAGUGUGGAAGUUCCAGAGAUAUCAGCUGAUCAUGACUUUCCAUGACCGUCCCAUUUUACCGCCACCUCUCAUCAUCCUCAGCCACCUCUAUAUCCUCUUCAACAGGAUGUUCAAGCGAUGUGCCAGGAAGAAACAGGAGGGAGAGCUAGAUGAGAAAGACCGUGGCCUCAAGCUCAGGCUGAAUCCAGAGGAGCUAAAAUUCCUGUACGAGUUUGAAGAACAGUGUGUCGAGGAAUAUUUCAGAGAGAAAGAGGACGAGCAACAGUCUUCCAGUGACGAACGCAUCAAGGUUACUUCAGAGAGAGUUGAGAAUAUGUCAAUGCGUCUGGAAGAGGUAAAUGAGAGGGAGAACACGAUGAAGGCCUCCCUGCAGACGGUGGAUCUGCGUCUGGCCCAGCUGGAGGAGCUCCAUGGACGUAUGGCAACUGCCCUUGAGAAGCUUGCAGGUGUGGACAGGUUAGAGCUGACUCGAACCUAUUCGCGAAACUCAUCGGUGUGUGACCCUUCCAAUCUCCUUCGCCAAGGCAGUAUUAACAGUGCUGACGGUUACAGUCUUUACCGCUUCCACAUGGAUAUGGAAGAGUUUGCAUCCAGGCAGAAGGACACAGAAGACACAACAAAAACCGGCCUAGAAAGACAGCGGAGUCUACGGCAAGCCUCAAGUAUGUGCACUCUCAACACCAAGGAAGGUGGUCAGAGCUCAGAGUCCGGAGGUUUCGAGAGACCUCCACCAAGCUCAGUUGUAGAUAUUCUCAUAUCUCCGUGUGAACAAAGGCCCUCUUCUGCAACAUCAAGUCAAGAAACAAUAACAAACAUAAAACAAGGCAGCACGAUGUUUCUAGACAGACUACCAGACAAAAACAGACUGAGGCCUUUGUCCCCUCCAAAAAGGACAAAAUCGUUGAAACACUAUCCAAUUGAAGACCAAUUCAUUUCUCCUUUGACAAAGAGGAGGUCUAUGAGCACCAUCAUUAUGAACCCCCCUGAUGAACCACAGAAAGCUCCUGAGCCCAUAGACAAAGUCCAGAGUCUGCUAGGAAACUCCUCUUCGCCAAAGAGGACUAAAUCUCUGAGGUACAUCCCUACUGAAAACCAAAGCCAGACUUCUCCCAUCACUAAGAAGAGGGCUAUGAGCAGCAUCCUCUACACUCCAGCUGAGGCUGGUGAUGAUAUGAUGCAAACUGCAGAGUACAGGUCACUGGUAGAGCACAUUAAUAAAACUCCAAAUCAGUGGCCAUCAAAUUUAGCGUAUCAGGUGCAUCCUACCACUUUGGGUCAAAUGCCUAAAGUAUCAACAGUCAGAACACUCACCCAGCAAUAUCAAACUCAGACUGAGGCAAUUCCUACAGAAAGUACGAGGACUCUUCCAGGAACAGAAACUCCCGAGGAUCCAAAAACGAUCAAGAGAAACCUCUCAAACACCACAGAGUAUCUGACAGCUGCUGAUGAAAAAUAUUUACCCUCUCACAGAUCACAGACUUGGAACGCAAGCGACAGGAGAGCCAAGUCCAUGAUGGUUAGCAAGCAGCUAGCUGCAUCUAGCAGCGAGAGAGUCCUUAACGAAAGCAGAAAGGUGUCAACUUUUGGACAGGCAGAUGAGGAAACAAAAUCAGAUGCAGGGAAGAAGGAAGACGAUGUCCAGGAGUAAAAAUGAGAGCCUUAAAAAGAGAAAAUAAACCAGCAUGAAGUGGAAAAAAUAGCAAGAAGAUAAACAGAAAGCUAUGAUUAAAGUAGUGGACAUGUAGCCUGCCAUCAGAAAUCAUUACUAAGUGAGUUUCUGAUACAAAGAUACAAACAAAAUGACAAUGAUGGGGGAAAAAAAGCUUUACCAGAGUUUCUUUCUUUUUUUCUUUUUUUUU